AUGUCAAUGACAUCAAUCAGCACGGCCUACUCUGGAAUAGAUUCACCGGGCACAGCUAUCUUGCAAAUUGUUGGGCGCUUAACCAAACACUAUGGCUUACAGGUGAACCAUCCGCACCAUUUGUUUGCAGUUGAGUGGGAACGAUCCUGUCAGCAUGAACUUUGUGUGCAUCCAGGGAGUGCUGAUUGUAUAUUUGGUGACAUCGCAGAUUUUCUGCAUCCGCUUGUGAGGAGUCAGUUGCCUGAGCUACAGAAGAACAACCAACUUACAUCUGUUCUCAUGCCAGUUGUUCGUGAUACACCCACCAAGGCUAUCCUCAUGGACGCUUGGUGCGUGAAGCAUGGCAAGACUUGCUCUGUCCAAGACAAGAUCGCUGAUGUCCACGUGGCCGGAACGACUUGUUGCGCUUUCUCUGCUAUAGGCGACGGACAGGGCGAAUCAGCCAUGUCACACGCACACUUUUUAGUGUGGUGCGGGCAAAGAGCUGUACUCCAAGAGCCGAUUAUAAUACAGGAGAAUGUGGUGGCUUUUCCUCGCGAGGCAUUGAUGCUCAUGCUGCCAAUGUAUGAAUGGGUGUUUGGGGUUCUGGACCCAGUCCAGCUUGGAUGGCCUAUCCGACGGGAACGUCAAUUUAUGAUGACCGAUGAAACAAAGCUUCAGGAAGAGCUAGAUUGGGCCUGUGGCCGUCCGUGCAGCUUGUGGAAACGAACACACGGUGAUCUGAAACCUUCAUUGGCGGCUGAUGAUGAUUCCUCCUUCGAGGAUACUUUGACAAAGACAGAAUACGAUUUUCUGAAAGCCUACGAGAUGGCAACACCACAAGGAAUCUACAGCCUGAACCAGAACCCUGACGUCACCAAUAUGUCAGAAGCCUUUUAUCAGGCAAAUGAAGCACCCGAUCGCGAAGACUAUCCGAACUUGCUGACCACUGCCAAGUACGGCUUGGACGUGCUCAUUUUUGACCACCGAACACCCCAGUCAGUUCUGCAGUUCUUGAUCACAUACCACAAUGCGUUUCAUCAAGGAGCGGAGACCUCCUUUAUGGAGAUGAUCAUGAAGGUACCAGAGGUGGAGAAGGCGUGGGCGAACUACAAAGUCGCAAACGGAAUCUCCUCGCGACAGAGUGACUACGAAUCCAAAUAUCGCGAGAUGUUGACAAGUCAGUUUCCGGCCACUUGGACUUCCUUCAGGCAUUUCGAGGCGACCAGACAGGUAUACAAUGUGCUGAGCAAGCUCAACUGCUUGGUUGAACUGAAGACAUUCAUCUCGGACCAUUGUGACUUCUUGCACAACGAGCUGACUCAUGAUACAGUAGUCUUCGUGAUGAAAGAAGUCUUGACAGCCCUUCCGACCGUCUUCAACAUCAUGGCAGAUUCUGAAAAGCAAGCACUCUGCCUUGAAGCUCUCUACAUGUGUGUUCCUUUGAACAUUUCCGAGAUUCCAUGGUUGCUACGGAGGUCGGCAAGUGCUGGUCAAGAGAUCGCACUUGUUCUCACCGCUGUCGAUGGGAAGGUUUUUGAAACACAGCGGAAGAUGCGGGUCCAGAAGGAGAAACGAAAAGGGCAAAAGAACCCGCAGCAGGUUCUGAGUGAGAACUUGGUUGCCAAAAAAGCGAAGGAGGAGAAAGCUGCCAUUGCCGCUGCCAAAGCUAAGGCUAAGGGCAAGUGCAAACCCAAGGCAGCUGCAGCCAAAAACAAUCUGAAUGAGGAGCUAGCCGAUGACACCACGAAGGAAUCUCAAUCUGUCACCUUGACUGAUACAGGUGGAAUUGCUGUGUCACGCCCGAAGCUGUUUGCAGACUGCUUAGUGCUGUGCAUCAGAUCUGCGAUCACGGCAGCCAGGACAAAGUACGGACUUGCCCAAGGUGUGGAAGAGGAAUCAUUGGUUCCCGAUUCAGCCGCGGAUCCAAUCAAGUACACUGAUGCGGAGAUCAAUAUCAUCAGACCUGCUGUUCGAGCUGGCUUGAUCUUCGCAAUCCAGGGUUCUCACAUGUUCAACGGCAAAGUAUACAAGAAGUGGUCUGCCUUGCGGCCAGCCCUGCAGUGUCAUCUCAUGGAAGCCUACAAGAAGGCCAGCUGA